AUGCCGAGAAUCGUUAAAACUAACAGAAGAAAGACUCAAAACUAUGAAAUUGAGAACUUGGACAAAAUGAUCAAGCUACCAGGCCAUUUUGACAAGCUCCUAGAUCUGCUUCCAGAAGAGACGGAAAACGCGCAUAUGCCAUGCGAAGAGUGGAAUAAAAAGAAGCUCUUUAACUUUUGCUCGCCUGGACUUUUCGCUAUGAUCUUUCUUUUAUGCUGGUAUCUACUGUACAUGAUCGCUGGAAAUUCUUGUAUUCCACAUCAUUCAGACUGA